UUCAAAUAUGUUGCUAGAUUAUAAAAAUAUAAUUGAUGUCGAUAUUUUAAAGAAAAUUAACUACCUAGUAACUUUUUAAAAUAUGUAUUUUCAAUUUUUAUUAUACUUCAUAUUUUUAUUAAUUGUGGUGUUCAUUGUAUUGGUUGUGUCUAUUGCUGGGUUAAGAUGGCAUUACGUUAGCAAAAAGAGGAAAUGUCCAACUCAAUUUAGCAUAGCGUUUUUCCAUCCUUACUGCAAUGCUGGUGGAGGUGGUGAGCGUGUACUAUGGUGUGCCGUUAAUGCUGUUAAUACUGUAUACCCUAAAGUAAAAAUUGUUAUCUAUACUGGGGACUUGGAAGUAUCUCCAGUAGAAAUAAUUAAACGAGCAAAACAGAGAUUUAAUAUUACACUGCCAAAUAAUUUAGAGUUUGUUUAUCUGCACAGAAGAAAAUGGGUGGAAGCCGAAAAUUAUCCUUAUUUCACUCUUUUAGGACAAAGCCUUGGAUCUAUCAUCUUAGGGUUUGAAGCAUUGCGUUUAUUUCAACCCGAUGUAUACAUUGAUACUAUGGGUUAUGCAUUUACACUGCCAUUAUUUUCUCUAAUUUGUGGUUGUAAAGUCAGUUGUUACGUUCAUUAUCCAACUAUAAGUUCAGAUAUGAUGAAUAAAGUGAUUCAACAAAAAGGAAAACGUAGAACAAUAUCUUAUAUUAAACUUAUAUAUUAUCAAUUAUUUGCCAAACUAUAUGGUUUAGUUGGCUGGUUUGCUGAUUCUAUUAUGGUAAAUAGUUCAUGGACUGAAGAUCAUAUCAAUACACUUUGGAAGCGGCCCUUAAGCACUUACAAAGUAUAUCCUCCAUGCGAUACUUCUGAUUUACAAUGUUUACUAUUAGAAAGACAUAAAACCAAAUCUGUGAAAAUUAUAAGUUUAGCACAAUUCAGGCCAGAAAAAGAUCAUCCACUACAACUUAAAGCCAUGUAUCAUCUUAGACAAAUUGUGAAUGAACAAGUAUGGGAAAAUAUUGAGCUUGUAUUUGUUGGUUCAACAAGAAAUCAAGAAGAUGAAAUGAGAGUUGUUGAUAUGAUGGAUUUAUGUAAACAUUUGUCGUUGGAGAAUAAUGUACGAUUUAAAGUGAAUAUCAGUUAUGAUGAACUUAAAAAUGAACUAUCUGAAGGGCUAAUUGGCUUACAUGCAAUGUGGAAUGAACAUUUUGGUAUUGGAGUUGUAGAAUGCAUGGCUGCAGGAUUAAUAAUGAUUGCACAUCGUUCUGGUGGACCUUUAAUGGAUAUAAUUAUAGAAGAUGGCGCUGGACAAAAUGGAUUUUUAGCUUCAAACGAAGUAGAAUAUGCACAUGCUAUACAUAAAGCACUGUUGUUGUCAGAUACUCAAAAAUUGUCGUUACAAAAAGCUGCUAGGGGAUCAGUAAAUCGGUUUUCAAAUCAGCAAUUUCAUGACAAUUUUUUGAGAGCAAUACAACCAUUGUUUAGUUUAAAAAAAUUUAAGUAACUUAUUAUUUUUAAUUAGAGUUAAAUUAUGAAUUUUGUUAUCUCUUAUUAAUUAUAAUUCAUACAGCACUUUAAAAAAAUAUUUUUUGAUGA